AUGUCUACCCACAAGUACCACUUCGAUGUUUCUAUGUCUUGUUCCGGAUGUUCUGGAGCUGUUGAUAGAGUAUUAAAGCGUUUGGAUGGUGUUUCUGACAUAGAUAUCUCGCUUGAAAAACAAACAGUUGAUGUUACGACCAAAGGAGUCGACUAUGAUACAGUAUACAAUGCAAUUGCAAAGACUGGGAAAACGAUCAAUAGCGGAAAUGUGGUAGAGUAA